AUGGCAGUAGAAGACUUCACACCUCAAUACUCCAAACAAACACCGGUGGAACCAAUUGGUAAACGAAUACCGAAAUUCAAUCCAUCAUCCCUGAAUCUGGGUGAAGCUUCAACUUCACAAACACGGCUUCCAACUGGAGAACAAACGGUGUUCGAAGCUGGAUUUAAGGAACAUGUAGAAGCCUCGUGGAAAUGGAUAUGUGACCUCGAUGAGAGAAUUGAAAAGGGGAAGAAGCAAACGUUAGAAUCAGCAAAUUUCAAAUCAACAAACCCAGAAGACAAACCAUUCAAAGUUCUGCACACUAAAAGGCAGAAAAUUUAUUUUGAGCGUAACAAUUGUAGUACAACUGUAAUGCUAUGUGGGCGCGAAUGGAACAUAUAUGAAAUUCCAACACCGGUCUGUUCAUGCACCGGAAUACCCAGGAAAUGUUAUAGAUGGCAAGAAAUAGGAUGGCAAUCAACUUGUUGUACAGCGAAUAUUUCACAAUACCCGCUACCUCUAUUGCCUGGGAGAGGCCAAAUACGAUUGCAGGGUAGAAGAAUGGGUAGUUCCACUUUCAGAUGUCUCUUGGAAGAAUGGUAA